CUGAGGGGGUGUGUGUAUAAAACAGGCCCUCCUCUUUAGCCUUCCGAAAAUAACUUGCAGGUUGCACCCUCUUUCACACUCACCUCAUUCAGCUUCCUAGUUGAAAUCGAUAAAUAUUCAUCCACUUAAAUGGCUUGGCUCCUCGACCCAGCCAUCGGGACGGCCAUCAGUGAAGCACUCAGACUUGUAGUCACCGUUCAAAAACGAAGAGGGGACUUCAGAGGCAAUUUCGAAACUCUCGAAAACACGCUUGGAUCAGCUCUACUCACACUACAACAAAUUCAGAAGCUCAACAUAGUUCUGAAUCGUUCUGAAGAAAACACGGAGCACUUCAUCAAACAGUUAAAUCAAGGUGUUAGUCUCGUAGAAAAGUGCACUCAAAUUCCAUACUGGAAGACGUACAAGUACUCGAAGAAGCUAGCGGAGUUGGAUGAGUGUAUAGAGAAGUUUUUCAAUAUAGGAGUGCAAGGGUGCGUGGCUGUGAAUACGUUGAGAAAUGGAGUGGGAAUUCAAGAAAUAAAUGAUAAAUUCGAUUUCGUGUUGAGGUAUUUGAACAUCAAGUAUGAACCUGAAAUUCGCGUAAAGGAGAUUCUCCAGGGUCCUUCGGAUGAAUUUGAAAGGAUCCAUGAUGAUGAUGAGAUUGAAACUGAUUCUUCAGAUGAGUUUUCGAGUUGGGUAACUGUCACGAGUCUUACGGAUAGCGUGCUCGGGUUUCAUGUGCAGCCACUUGAGCUCAUUUCAGCUCCGGAAAGCCUUCAAGAUCCUGAAAUUUCAACUCUGGGAGCGGGCAUCAGUGAAUUACUCAAUGUCGUGGUGGCAGUUGCAGAACGGACCCAAAACUUCGAAUCCAAUUUAGGAAGCCUCAGGAAGACACUUGAAUCAGUAGAACCUAUAUUCAAUGAAGCUGAGAAGCUGGGCAUACUUUUCAAUCGUCCAAAAGAAGAGAUACAUCAGUUCAAGGACCAGGUGAACCGUGGUGUGGAUGUCGUGUGCAAGUGCAGUAAUAUUCCAGACUGGAAGAAACACAGUUACUCGAAGAAGCUGAUAGAAUUAGACACAUCUAUACUAAAGUUUUUCCAAAUAGAAGUGCAGGGAUUGAUGCUUGUGAAUACUAUAAGUCUGGAUGAUCAAUAUGCCAUGACCGUUUCAUGCCAGCCUGCAGUCCCGAAAGGCGGGUGUUCUAGAAUUCCAGAUGCUCUCGUGAAGCCACCCAAUGAGGGUGCAGAGGUGGUAUGGAAACACGAAAAAACAGAAUUGGUUGAUGGUGAAUCUAUGUCUGGUACAAACAGAGUUUUGCUUGAUCAUUUGCCAACCAGUUUAGAGACCUCCGAAGAAAUGGACAGUUCUUCAGAGGGCCGCUACAAUGAUCUGAUAUCAUUUCUCGAAGUUCAGAGGAUUCCAGACAAAUCUGCUCACUGUCUGGAUCUUAAGGACAUGAGUAGCUACGACAAUUUUGUUGGACCAUCAACUAGGAAUCUUCCUCAUGUUGUCUGCACAAGGGGCGAGCAUGUGGGCUUGAAAAUGGAGGAAGCUUCUUACAUAAAGAAGCGUUUACAUGCGAUCAGAGAGCUCUCGUCAGAGAUCAUCGGAUCUCAAGCUUCUGUGGUUAAUGCUAGUCCAAUCAGGAGAGGAAAAGGUUGCAUGUCGGCCUAAUAAGAAAGCUGUCGAACCUAAAGGGGUCCACUUUAGCCUGGAUUAAGAUGAAUCUUAAGGGUUUCUGCAAGAACUGAGAGGACCCUUGUUUGAUAGAGCAUGUGUUUAGGAAAAGCAUUUUAAGUUCAAGAAUGCCAAAGAAAUUGCAAUCAAUCUUCCAGAUGAUGAAAACACUAGCCUUGUUUGAUAUAUAUAUAUUUUUGUUGGGAUUUGCAUGUGCUUAUUUUUCUUGGCUGUAUCGUUAGCAUUGUUGUUUCCGGUCUUAUUAAAGAGUCAGAAUAAUUUGUUUGGUGGAGGAUUUAAUUUAUGAAUUUUAUGUAA